GCUGACAUCAGCUGCGACACUAAUUCACUUUGCGAUUGUAGUAACUAUAGUCAUACGAAUUUGCAUAUGUUGGGAAGCAAUUCGAUACUGAUUUUGUCAUUUUUUUUCUUAUUUUUGCCUUAGUCUGUGAGUCACAUGUUUGAGAACCUAACGUUGACUUAUAGAAGUAUUGUUUACCUGACUGGAGAGUCAUGAACCUGUGGGAGUUUUAAAUGUAUGAAACAAGGCGCGCGGGAAGAAGAGGAGGGAAUCCAAUUAGGUGAAGAAAAACUAUUGUCUGUUUCGAGAUUUAUAUAAAUCGUGGAAUGAGUUGCCCACAAUGGGCGAAAGUACCAAAUUAAUAACGAUAAAUGAUUGCAGUCCGCAUAAAGGUGUAAAACGGAAAUUCGAUGGUAGUUGCAGCCCUCAGUGUGUUUUCGAUCGUGUUCUUGCAAGUGAAAUGAAUGCAGAUGCUUCUAGAGAAGAUGGAACAUCACUAGAAAUAUCAGACGACGAGCACAGCUCAGAACAUGGAAACGAUUGUUUGCCGUUGGAAAAUAAUGAAUUAAACACAUUUAGACGCUCUGACGCUCUUGAGAACUGUAGAAACUGGGUAAAUCAAUCACAAGAAUUGUAUCCUGCUAAAAACAUUCCAACUAAAAGCAUUAAAGAAGAACGUCAGGUAACAGCAACAGUGGAAGAGCAAGAUGUGGAUUCUCCUGACGGGAAUGAAAGUGAUUCUAAGACAAGCAAUGGGAAAUGUUCAAUGCUUAUUAAAGGAAAACGUCUGUGGCUUAAGGAACAAGUUCUUCAUUUAGUUUGUGAAUGGAAAAACUGUUCUUAUGAAAUCGAUGAUGUUGAGACUUUUGUUAGACAUGUUAGUAUGCACAUACCUGAUUUGGAUAUCCGUAUCAAUGAAGAUGGCAAAGAGGUUUUUGUGUGCUUGUGGGCUCUUUGUGAGUUUGAAACAGAUGAGCCUAAGGAGAUUGUGAGACAUGUGAAUUUUCACUCCUACCAUACAAAACUGAAGAGUAUUGGAGCAAUGCUAAUGAAGCAUUUUAAAGCACUGGUAUGUACUUAUGAUGGUGAAGGUAGAAACACAAUACCUGAUGGGGAGGAAUAUAUGUGUUAUUGGGCUGACUGUGACAGAGCUUUCAACAAUAUGCAGAUAUUUCUAUACCAUGUGCAAAGUCAUGUUCAGUGUAAUCCACGAGGAAGAGUCGUGAAGGGUGGUGUACCAUGUCAGUGGGAAGGUUGUACUGGAGUUUUCGUAUCAGUAUACAAACUUUCAGAUCAUGUCAGGACCCAUACGCAAGAAAAGAUAGUUGGAUGCCCUACAUGUGGAGCAACAUAUGCAUCGAGAACAAAAUUUUUAGACCAUUGUAAACGUCAGGUUACUGUGCAAGCGGGAGAAGGCUACAAGUGCUCACACUGUAGCAAAAUUUUCCCAUCAGAACGACUGUUUCAUGAACAUAUGAGGCACCGUGUUAACUUUUACAAGUGCAGAUUUUGUGACAUGACGUGUCCGACACCAUCAGCAUUAGCUCUGCACAUGCGAUUCAGGCAUCUAGAUGAGAGGCUGUUCAAAUGUGUGUACUGCGACUGCAGGGCAAAAACUCUGGCAGACAUAAGAGUACAUAUGCACACACAUUUUUCAGGAAAUUUAUAUCAUUGUUCAGUUGAAGGAUGUAAUGUCUCAUGUCGCAGCCGUGUGGGUAUGAAGAAACAUAUUGCAAGGGUUCACGAAGGUCAACAUGAACCACUGUAUUGCUGCCAUUUGUGCGACAGGCAGUAUCAGCGUGGUGCAUCACUCACGAAACAUGUCUUUCGAGAACAUGACUUGAGAUGGCCUUCAGGGCAUAAGAGAUUUAGGUAUCGUCAACAUGAGGACGGUUUGUAUCGUCUGCAAUUGGUACGCUACGAAAGCCUUGAAGUAACUCAAAUGAUCUCAGGGGAUUCUUCACAUGAUGAGCAACAGAUGACUUUGUCAAACAAAAGGUACCAUUUGCGUAAGGUGCCUUCCAGGGCACAGAAUGAGCCAGCAAGUUUUGAAGUUUAUGAGGUUCUAGAUGAAAAGGAGUUUGAAGAGAACAACACUGGAAGCAACAAAGUUCUCAUAACAAUCUCUGAUGUAGAUCAUAGUGGAAAUGUAAUACAGUCUGAAGUAAUAGAGGCUGAAGAACUUACAAUGUUACCCAGUAUGACUCUUUUAGAUGAUACUAACUGACUGUUAUGUUAAAGUUGUUGCAUAUGUUGGUGCUGCACAGUGUCCUUUUGCUGAUGACUUUUCUGUGUGGUGCAACGACUGUGAAUUGAAUAAGUAUUAUAAAGGCUGUGCAGAAGUGAUAUUUUUCUCCUGGUAAUAUAGUUGCAUAAAAUGGACCAUAUUAUCUUCUGACUAUUAAAAACAACUUUAGCAUUUAAAAUAUGUUAUUAGCUGCUAGGUAAAUGGCAUAAUUUGCUGCACCUGUCAUUAGCUGUAUGCAGAUCUUCAUUUGAAAGUAUACCAAGUUGUCCUUAAUUGUUACAGAUUUCUAUAUAAUAAUCUCAGUGGAUAUAUGUAAUGGAAAUCUCAUAGAAAUGCAUUUUAUAAAUGUAUACAUAGUAUUUAAAAUCAUGCUCCUGACUAGACAUUAAUCAAUGUGUUCUCUUAAUCAUUUAAUGGUGUUAAAAAUACAUAACUACAAGGUUGUUAUUUCAGUAACUUGUAGCUUUUGUAAGGCGUCAAGUCCAGUUAUCAUGAACUUAAUUCAGUAAAUUUAGGAGCAGGAGAAAACAA